CUGUUAAGGAUGAAAGGCAAAGUGGCAGCGGUUUAGAUGUCCGAACAGAGCUGGAAAGCGCUCGUUGCCGUUUGUGGUUGGCUUUGAGUCGCUUUUGGGCUGUUGGUAACAUUUCAAGUGACUUGUUAAAAAUGACUAUGAGUGUGAAUGCUUGAGGGAGCCUAUUUUAUGUGUUUAUGCUUACCUGGACUCAGUUUCCCCCGCGCCGAAUACGUCUUGUCGUGUUUACAGUCCGUUUUUCCUGGAAGCUGCGUCAAGUCAAGAUCAGACGGAGACAAUACAGAAACAGCCAAUCAGAGCGUCUUCUGGAGGGCUUAUAUAAAUACAGCAGAGCGCGUCAGCCGCCUGUCAUUAACAAGGAAACACAAGUGGAGCGCACACUUGUAGAAGAACAGACUCUCCUUCUCACGAGUGGAAUGAAAACAUCUGAGUUAGUCACUGGACUCCGCUUUGAUUCCAACUAAAGGUACAAAUCGACGACUUGGUACAGUACAGUUCCACUAUUUGGAAGUUUUGCUCUGUUUUGAUAGCUUUGGUCUUCAGUAUAGUAAUACAGCGGGACUUUUGUGCUGGAGAUUGACUCAUUUUGGGACACUGAAGCCUCGGUGUCCGAGCAACAUCUUUUGCAGCGCACUCUUGUAUUUGACUGUCUGAUUUGAAAUAUGUCCACAAUAAUGGAACAGCCUUUUUAUGACGACUCGUUUCUCUCUGCUUAUGGCCAUCCAGGCGCAGCCCUGCAGGACUACAAGCUGCUUAAGCAGAAUAUGAACUUGAACUUCUCCGAUACAUAUCGGAACUCAAACUUCAAGUCACAGCACCUGCGCGCCGACAGUGAUUUCUAUCCAGCGGGGACGGCAGAAGUGGGCUCUCUGAAGCUCGCCUCUCCUGAAUUAGAGCGACUGAUCGUCCAGAGCAGCAACGGGGUCAUCACUACGCCGACACCUGCUCAGUACCUGUACAACCGCGGGAUCACGGAGGAGCAGGAGGGCUUUGCCGAAGGUUUUGUUAAAGCGUUGGACGACCUACACAAGAUGAACCAGAUGGCUCCUCCAAACGUGUCCAUCGGCACAGGCGGGGUUGGCUGCUCGGCUCCAGUCUCGGUGUUCGGCUCAUCCAUGCAACCGGAGCCGCUUGAGUAUACAACCCUGAGCAGCUGCACCACGAACCCCAGCCUGACCUCUGCUGCCAGCUAUCCCUCCACCACCAUCAGCUACCUGCCUCAUCACCAGUACCACCAGCAUCCUCAAGCCGUUGCGCACGGAUCACACCACUUCCAGCACUCACUGGCCGGGGCCGGCAUCCACCCUCAGCGGUUCGGAGGGAUGAAAGAGGAGCCCCAGACAGUCCCCGACAUGCAGAGCAGCGACAACAGCUCCCCGCCCAUGUCCCCUAUCGACAUGGAGAAUCAGGAGCGGGUAAAAGCGGAGCGCAAGCGGCUGAGGAACCGGCUCGCAGCCUCAAAGUGUCGGAGGCGCAAAUUGGAGCGCAUCGCCCGUCUCGAAGACAAGGUUAAAGUGUUGAAAAAUGACAACGCUGGACUGUCAAGCACGGCUUCUCUACUGCGGGAACAGGUGGCCCAACUCAAACAGAAAGUCAUGACGCAUGUGAGCAGUGGCUGCCAGCUCAUGCUAGCACCCAAAGUAAAGUCUUAUUGAAGAAAUAAUGCACUUAUUAAAACACUGGACAGUACCUGGACUGACAACCCAACCUGGUCUUUAUACGUUUUUAGUAUGAAAACUGGAUUAUUGUGAUUUCUGCCGUCUAAAGAAACAUCACCCAUACACAGAAAUAAUACAAGACUAAAACACUUAGGGCAUUUUUGAAUAAGUUUUUGAAAGUGUCGUCUUGGCGUUUCCUGUUUACAUUUUCUUUAAUUGCUAUUUGUGAUGCUUUUUAUGUAAGUUAUUUGUGUUAGAGUUAACCUCAUGGACCAUUCUUGUUGUUUUUUUGUUUUUUACCUGUAUAGUAAAUAUUUAAGUAAAUGACAUUAUGAAAUUAAGAAAUGUGUUGCUGUGUUUUUGAGGUCGUGUAUUUUUUAAGUGCCACUUCAAAAAUUAUUGUAUUUCUCGUGAACAUUAAACCACACCGCUGUCUCUGAUCAGCAGUGAAGUUUACAACACCAGAAGUUGGUUGACGUUGGAGACGUCCCAGCGUAGGAUUUUUCCUUACUGACGCACAAGCGUCAGUCCAUAUAUGGUGCAUGUUGCUAUCAAACGUCACAUCACGAUAGGUUUCCGGGAACUCCCUCCCACAUUGCCCGUCAGAAGGGCUGCGCGCUCCCCUUUACACCACAGUGUGUGUGUAAUUGAAAAGGUUUGUCAAUGAGUGGUUUAUUCGCGUUAAGGGAGUUUCCCCAUUCUGCUUUCAUUUUCCCAAAACAAGCCGUGAGAACACUAGGUGAGGAAAAAUGGUUAAAAAAAAAAGUUCCAGAUAAACAUGUUAGACUGAUUACUGAGAGCUAGUUUGAGUUACAAGAAUCGGCUCGCGUAAAACUGAGAAAAUGUUCCAGUAAGCCGAGAACAUUCGGUAAAACAAGCAGGAUUGUGUACUGGAGCGUUGUUCUCUGAAUUAGUAAAUAAGACAAAUGUUAUCAGGAAAUCGGAAAUAUUAAACAGUGAGAUAUCAAAAAUGUUUGUGGAACUGAAAUGCAGGUUGUGGUUAGGACGGUCAUUAUCAUAUAAUCAUAUCCAGUAAUCUUUCCCAAUGUGCUUCAGUACCAUUUGGCAAUAACAGGCUGUUGUGCUGAGUCAAACACAGCAACUCCAAUAUUAACCAACUCUUGGCAGCUUCGUGACGCACUCAGAUCUUCUGCCAGGUACAGGAGCCAAGAAUGAUACACCACAAUAAAAAACACAAAUAAAAAGGUUUAUUCCAAGAACUUUAAGUUCUCAGUCACCAAGAAAAAGAGCCAAGAGUAGCUUUAGAAGAGUUCUGCCGCCACCUAGGGGUUGCAAGUGGACAGGCAUUCACAUUUUGAUUU